UAGCCUGGCCACUGACGCUGCAGCAUGCCAAUCGAAACUUCAGAUGUUUUUCCAUCACACGCGUUCUUGGUCCGGAGUCAGGAGAGCAGGCUGAUUUGCGGCUGCGAUCGGAGCAGACGCCUUGUUCUUGGCUUUGCACUUUGUGUGCUCCUUCUUCUUCCGCCAGUAUGGUGUGGACCCUUCCUGCGAGGUCAGACCUCCCUGCGCCCCUUGCUGAGUGCGCGGAGGAAUUCCAACAACCCAUACCAGUACAUGCCGACGGAACCGGGCAAGUCAUCGGACCAGAUUGGCUAUGAGCAGCUUUGCACAAGAUGGAAUCGUGAAGAGGCGGAGGCAGUGCAGCGAUGCAAGCGAACUCUUCAGGGUGACAGCACCAGAGAGGACAAGAUACUGGCUCUGAACGAGCUGGAGUACUGGGCAAUGAGGCGAGGUGGCUAUGAUGCUGAAGUGAUCCUCAUCGGUAUGCUGAAGGACCCGGACAAGGAAGUUGCGGGCCAGGCACACAUCAGCCUCAAAAAGACAUGGGCAGCUCACUUCAACAUGUGGAUCAACAACAGAGUUGAUCAUGGCCGUUAUUUGAUGAGCGAGAACAAGCUUGAUGAAGCCUUUCAAAUAUUUGACAAGGUGGCAUACGAGAAUCCUCUUUGGGGUGAAGGAUAUCACCUGCGUGCCAAGUGCUGGAAUGCAAUGAAGGAAGUUGAUAAGACCAUUGCAGAUUUACGUCGAGCACUGGAGUUUUGCCCCAACAACUACCUGGUGAUGGUUGAGCUGGGCAUCACUUUGAUGGAUCGCAAGGAGGACUACGUCGAGGCCGCAAACCUAUUCAAGCGCGCCCUCGACCUCUGCCCCUUCCUGCCAGUGGAGGGCUUCCUGAAAGAUCUCUUCAGGAAGGUGCCCACCUUGCAAGAAGAGUGGGAUGCUGAACAGAAAGCCAACGAGUUUUCGCUGAAUGAACCUCCGGCCCGCCUGCUGCCUGAUGCCUGGGUGGAUCGCUUCGAAGCAACGGAGCGACCAAACCAGGCCUUUUUGAGGGUGGGUGGCGAACUGGAGCAAUGGUUUGCAGAGGUGCGUCGGCAAAAAGCAGACUCAGCUACGCAACGCAAGCUUUGGAGCAUCUUGGUCAUCAAGUGGGACCCAGAUAAGUGGCCACAGAAGCUGAAGUCAUUCACCACCCAGGUGCAUGAGGCUUUGAAAGCAAGACGAGAACGAGAGCUUGCCAAAGCUGCGCCUCAGGCUAUCGAGGAUUGGGUGGAUGACGAGGAGGAGUAUCAGGGAGCCAAGGACGAGUAUGACGAGGAAGCUGUGUCGUUCUUGCGGCGCUUGCGCUCGCAGCGGACGCGCCGAUGAGUUGAUUGCCAGCAG